AUGUUUAAUCGUCCUGGCAGAAGCAUUAGUGUUUUAAUUAGGCUUUCACACAUUGUUAUGAACAAUAUCUCCUCAAAACCAUUCUUAUUCCUCAGAGUUAGAUGCAUCUCAAAGACCUGUUCCGAUGCAUCUCAGUCUUUUACAGUCUCUUACCUCAUAAACAAACUUGGGUUCUCACCAGAAUCUGCUUUGGUAGUUUCCAAGUAUGUCCAUUUCAAAACCCCGGAUAAACCUGAUAAUGUGAUAGCAUUCUUGGAGAAACGUGGAUUUUCGGAAACCCAAAUCAGACAAAUCAUCAAGACUCGGCCAACUCUGCUGUGUUAUGAUGUUGAGAAAACACUGUUGCCCAAAAUCCAGUUUUUCCAAUCUAGAGGUGUUUCAAGCCCUGAACUUUCCAAACUCUUAUAUUACAACCCCAGGCUUUUAUCUUGUAGCUUACAGAAACAGAUUAUCCCUUGUUUCAAUCAGCUUAGCAAUCUGCUUCAAUCUGAUUCCAAGGCUAUUACAGCUAUAAGACGCAAUCCAUAUCUUAUUCCAUGUAAACUAGAUGCUUAUAUGUUACCUAAUAUCAAAACUCUGAGGGAUAAUGGGGUGCCUGAAUCAAAAAUCAUAUCAAUGUUUAAUUACCACCCUAGAUCUUUUGUCAUGCACCCUGAUCGGUUUAAGGAGAUUGUGAAGGAAGUGAAGGAAAUGGGGUUCAAUCCUUUGUUGCUUAAAUUUCUUCUUGCUGUCAUUAUGUUUAGAAAAGUUAGCAAACCUGCAAUGGAGAGGAAGUUUGAUGUUUACAAGAAAUGGGGUUGGUCUGAACAAGAGAUUUGGGAAGCUUUUCGAAAGUAUCCAGGUGUUUUGGAAGCAUCCAAUGAGAAGAUUGCGGCAAUAAUGGAUUUUCUAGUGAACAAAAUGGGUUUUCAGUCUUUGCUCAUUGCCAAUCAACCAAGUAUUUUUGGACGGAGCUUGGAAAAGGUGAUUGUUCCAAGGGGUUUGUUUGCUCAAGAUUUGUUAUCAAAAGGUUUAAUUAAGGACUUUAGAUUGUCGGCCCUGUUUCACACUUCAGAAAAGGUGUUUGUUCAGAAAUUUGUUAACCGAUAUGAAGACAAAGCACCGGCGUUGUUAAAGCUGUACAAAGAAAAAAUGGAUCUUGCUUACUUAUCUUGCUUGAAAUGCAACUGUGAAAUGAGUCUCCCUUGCAGACUUACCUAUCAAUGCUUUGUCAUUUUAGUUUUAAUUACUAUAAUUCUGCCACCAAGUAUAGGGAGAGUGGGAAAUAGAGAAAAUAAGGUUAUAUUCUUCAAGGUUUACACUGGUCUUACUGGUGUCUGGAUUGAGGACAAACAGCAAAUCCACAUAGGAGAGGAAGUUUAA